AUGAUGAGAGAUGUUUGGGUCUUCCCCUUCCUCUUCCUCUUCUCAGCUUUUCUUAUGAUCUUACGCCACCAUUCUGUAUCUGCUAGUGUUCUUGCCCCAUUAACCCGACAUUAUAAUUUGAGCCAUAGCCGCGAGUGUGAUGCUCUUCUUCAGUUGGGUAACUCAUUCAUCAUCGCAGAUGAUGCCUCUGGAUACCAAUGUGAUGAGCUCCACUCCAUCACUUCAUAUCCAACAACGUCCUUGUGGAAGAAUGGCACCAAUUGCUGCUCGUGGGAUGGGGUCACAUGCCACACAUCCACAAAUCAUGUGAUCGGCCUUGACCUCAGUUGCAGUUGGCUCAGAGGAGCCAUCCAUUCCAACAGCACCCUCUUCUUGCUCCGAGAUCUUCAAUGGCUCAGUCUCGCUGGUAACGAUUUCUAUGGCUCACAAAUAUCCCCCAAGUUUGGUAGCUUUAUUCGAAUGACACAUCUCGAUCUCUCUGGUUCUUCUUUCCAAGGGAUCAUUCCUCUGGAUAUGAUAUCUCGUCUUUCCAAGCUAGUUAAACUCAGUCUCUCUGACAACUAUGACCUAACAGUAUAUGAUGAUCAUAGUUUCAGAUGGCUUAUACGUAAUCUGACUCAGUUAGGAAGACUUUUUCUUGAUGGUGUCAACAUGUCUACAGUCUCUCCGGUUUCUCUUACAAACCUCUCUUCCACUCUGACAUCUCUAAGUCUCUAUAACUGCUCUCUUCGAGGGGUAUUCCCCAUCAAUAUCUUCCAUCUCCCGAACCUCCAUAGACUCUCUCUUUCUCUAAACUCUAAUCUAACUGGCACUCUCCCCCAAACAAACUGGAGCGGUCCACUCGUCUCCUUGGGUGUACGGGGGACAAAGUUCCACGGACCAAUUCCUAUGUCGGUGGGAAAUCUGACAUCCAUGUAUUCUUUGGACCUCUCAAACAAUCAAUUUACUGGCUCGGUACCACCGACACUAGGAAACCUUUACCGUUUAUCCUUCUUGAUCCUUGGUGGUAUCAACCUCAGCUUGGACUUUGAAAUAUUUGCCAAGCUAAAGAAUCUUGAGUUCCUUCAGCUUUCGCAGAACCUUACUGUAAUGCUUCCGAAAAAUGGGAACUGUUCCUUCCCAAGGCUCGGAGCGUUGUAUCUGCCUGGCGUCAACUUGACCGAGUUCCCAUAUUUCUUGAGUUCUUCAGAAGAGCUGGUAGACUUGUACCUUUCGAGAAACAUGAUUACUGGGCAGAUUCCUGAAUGGAUUGGGAGAGUAGGGAGGGCGCAACUGGCAUCCUUAGAACUAUCGUCCAACAAUUUCACUGGAGAGAUUCCAUCGUCAAUCUGCCAACUGAGUUCACUGCAAGUUCUAGACCUCUCACAUAACGGACUCAACGGCACCAUUCCCAUAUGUUUGGGAAACUUAAGCAGUCUCCAAGAGUUGUACUUGGACAACAAUCUAUUUCAAGGUCCAUUGCCGCGAUCUUUAGCAAACUGUACAAGCUUGGCGUAUUUUGUUGUCCAUCACAAUGGAAUAUAUGACACCUUGCCACACUGGUGGUUAAAUGCUACCCUCAACAGUUUAGAGUAUCUAGAUUUGCAGUCAAACAAAUUCCACGGGGUCAUUAAUGAAAUUUCCCUCCCUCCUACGCUCCAUUCCUACAUACUCUCGAACAACCAGUUUUCUGGACAGUUGCCAAUAAACUUUUUCCGAAAUUCAAGAGCUGACUUCAUCGACUUAGCCAAUAACAAUUUUGACGGCCCACUUCCGAUUCCACCCCCAACCGUCUUGUUCUAUUCCAUUUCAAACAAUAAGUUUAGCGGAGAAAUUCCUCAUCAGCUCUGCAGUGCCACUCGGAUAGAGAUCAUCAACCUGUCGAAUAAUAGCUUGACCAGCUCAAUUCCUCACUGUUUCAUAAAUUUAAAUGUCUCAGUAUUGGACCUCCGAGAAAAUAAGCUUGUUGGUCAGAUACCAGAGAUAUUUGUUCCGGAAAACAACUUGAGGACAAUUCGGUUGUGUCAAAAUCGACUUGGAGGUACCUUGCCGCGAUCUUUGGCUAAUUGCAAGAAUUUGGAAGUUUUGGAUCUUAGCAUAAAUGAGUUGGAGGGCCACUUCCCUUAUUGGUUGGACACUCUUCCGAAUUUGCAAGUGCUCAAUUUGAGAUCCAACAAGCUUAGUGGUCUGAUUAAGAGUUCCAAGAAUAAUCAAACCUUCCCAAAAUUACACAUUUUUGACCUAUCUGACAACUGCUUUUAUGGUCCUCUUCCGGCUAGCUACAUUGCCAACUUUAUAGCCAUGAAGGAUGAAGUGAGAAGCAGUUUACAGUACAUGCGGGUGAACUAUAGUCAGGGAAUUCAAACCUAUCAAGAUUCUGUUACAGUGGUCCUGAAAGGGGUUGAGAUUAAGUUGGUGAGAAUUCUGACUAUGUUCACGGCCAUCGACUUCUCGCAGAACCUCUUCGAAGGAGAGAUCCCAGAAUUAAUCGGAGAUCUGAAGGCACUCAAGGGACUCAACCUUUCUCACAACAAUCUGACAGGCAACACCCCUUCUUCUAUGGGUAAUCUCACUAAUCUUGAGUGGUUGGACCUCUCCUCGAACAAACUCAGUGGGGAGAUCCCUAGAGGUUUGGCGGAUCUCUCGUCGCUCUCCUACUUGAAUCUCUCAAAUAACCAGCUUGUGGGACCGAUUCCUCGAAGCACCCAAUUCGACACAUUCAACCACUCUUUUGAUGGGAAUCCUAGAUUGUGCGGGCAUCCCUUGUCAAAAGCAUGUGGGACCGACGUGCAGCAGUCACCGCCUUCAACUUCCCCAGGAGAACGAGAAGAGGAUGCUGAAUCCUGGCAUUGGAUUGAAUGGAGGGCAGUGCCAAUGGGCUUCGGAUGCGGGCUUGCACUCGGGAUAUCAGCAUGGUUCAUUAUGUGGGAAACCCUGAGACCAAGAUGGUUGGUGAGAAUGAUUGAGAGGAAAAUAUACAGAAUGACAAAGAGGAAAAAGAAAAACCAGGCUCCGAGAAAUCACUCGAGGUACUUAUUUCAUGACGUUAACAUAUAUAUGGUUUAA